AUGCUACAUGCAUUUGAGGAGCACGGUUCCGUGCCCAUAACAUGUGUCGCCGAUUUAUACGGAUCGGCUGGAUCAUUUGGCCAGCUACAGAACCUGGAAGCCCUCUCUGCCAGCGCCGAGGGGGCUGUGACAAGGUUUAAUGUGUGGAAUGGGAGGCCGACGUCAAUGGCAAGCUGUACAGGUAAAGCGCCAGUGACUGCAAUGCUCAUGGUGCCAAAGCAUUCGUUGGUGUGGUGUGGGGAUGAAAAGGGCUCUGUCACCGUGUUUCAAUUACCUUCGUGUGGGGGAUUGAACACUGCAGACCGGUCUCCUCUUGCUAGCAGCACUCAUUGUCGCAUGUGUCAUGAGUCUGCGGUCGUGUCCUUCGCUACAGACGGUGACGCAUUUGUGUACAGCGGAUCUUCAGAUGGAAGCCUCUUGUCGUGGUCGGUGCAGGAACCUUUUCAGUUCCAGGGUCAUGUUGGGCAUCACACGGGGGAAUUAGCCCAUAUUCUAGCCGUUUGUGGUGGUUUUCUUGUUUCGGUCGGACCGGACUCUUCUGCAGUUCACGUCUGGCCAGUGGGUGAGAAGCGAGCGAUGCAGGAGCCGUUCGCUCUCAGAGGUCACACAGAUGGUGUGCUUAGUUGCCUCCACGUUGGUGGUGUGUGUCUCUGGAGCGGUGGGGAAGACCGCUUUAUUCGCGUGUGGGACCUCGGGGACCCUGUCCACCUCAGCUGCCGUUUGGUCACCCCUAGUUUGACUGCAGUAAGAGCAGACGCGGUGCCGAGUUGCCUGUCAAAUGAGGAGACGGAGCCAGACGAAGAGGAAGAAGGGGACGACUCUCUGCAAGAUAACUCAAUUCGAAUGCUUGCUGGGCACAAGGAAUCCGUCGUUGCACUCCGCGAAUCCCGUGGAAUUGUAUUUUCGUGCGACGUCUCUGGGGUGAUUCUGGCGUGGAAUGCCAAUCGUUUUUGGCUUUUGCAUGCCUUUCGGGCACCACUCGGAACGCCGCUACCGAAACCUCCGUCUGGUGUUGCAACUGUUAGCGCUUUUGGAAGUAAUGAUGGCGAAAAGAGCGCUGCUUCUGGUGUUGGCGAAGUGAUUCGUGGGGCACGUUGCCUAAGCUUUGUGGAGGGCUUCUUCUGGAUUAUCGACACACCCAGUGGCCCACGGAGCCUUUACAUGCCCAGCCACCCUCGUCUGAGGAAGGCACUGUCUGACGGCUCGACAGAUGCUGUUCUCUCCUCGGAUGAACUAAAGGGUGAGGACAGACUAAUGGCUAAGUUUGGAGUGUAUAUGCGUUAUACAAUGGACCUUUUCACACAAUACACUGAACUUCGCAAUGAGGCCUUUUUUCAUCAUAUUUUCAACGUCGCCCCCCAGCAGCAGCAGCAGCAGCAACAUGAAGAGGAGGCAUACCAGAGCCGUGUUUGGUGUGGAGUGGGAUCACUAAAAACCACGUCUCCACACAGCAACCCCUCUGGAGAGGAGAAGGAGAACGAAUCUGUUGUUGCAUAUCGGCCAUUGUGUGAAAAGUGUUCUGAAGUGGAUAGAAUUCAGGUGAUGCGGGUAGCGUUGGAGAAGGAACGUGCUCUCUUCGCCACUAAACGAAUGGAAGAGGAGAAGCGUUUGUGUAUGGAGCGACAGAAGCUAGCCGAGGAAAGAGCACGCCUUGAGGGUCGUGCUCAAGCGCUGAGUCGCUUGCAGACAAAGCUUAUAGAGUCUAAAAGACAUCAAGUGUGUGCUGGUGCCGAGUACGAGAAGUUUUUACAGUCCAUAAGGAAGCGAGAGUUGGAACGCGAACACCAGUUGGCCAGUGUCAGCACCGAGCUUUCAUAUCUUCGGCUCAAGUAUGGUGACUGGAGUGGUGCGCACGAAGAAGGCUUUUAA